AUAAUAAUAACAAAAUUAAAACAGUAUCAUUAAAAUAUCUUUUUUUUUAAAAUCAAUUUAUUUAAAUAGUUUUUAAUCUAUUUGUUUUUUUUUUAAAAAAGAUUUUUUUUUAUUAAAAAAAAAAACAAAUAAUUUUUUUUUAUAAUUUAAUAUUCAAUAUAAACAUUUUUUUCUAGAACUAAAUUAACGCCUUAUAUAUUUAAGAAUAUUUUUAUUUAUUAGUUUUUUUAAUUAAUAAUAAGGUUUAUUAAAAGAAAAAAAUAAAAAAUUUCAAAAAUGAAAAGAUUAACAUUCUUUUUAAUUUUAAUUGUAUCUAUUAUUUAUAUAUCAAAUUUUAUAGUAUUGGGUGAUAUACCACCCCAACCCGACCAACCACUACCCAAUAAUGAUGAGGAUGAAAUGGUUGCACCAUCAAAAGGAAAAUCAAAUAAAUCCAUACAAGAGGAAGAUGAUAUGGCAAACCUAGAGGAAUCAGGAAAUAGUAAUAGUGAUGAUAGGGAUGGCCCAUUACAAAGUUACAGAACUGAAGAUAUUUAUUUUAAUAUUAUUUGGAAAUGCCAAUCUAAGGAAAUAUUUUCAAAUGAUGUAGGAUAUUAUGAUUUAGCUUCAGUAAACUCAAAAAAGAAUUGUCAUACCUACAACACCCCAUGUGAUGAAAUAGUAUCUCUCAACAUUACAGAUUGCCCAGGAUCUAAGCCAUUUAAUAGUUCCUGCAAAUAUAUCCUCAACUAUUUCAAGGAUACAAUGUAUUGUGACAAUACACCAGUUCUAGUUACUGAUUUCUCUUGUGAUAAUUUUGGAAAACAUCACGAUAUUGGUGCAAUUGAUGUAGUUUGUAAAAAGUUUGAACAACCAACAGAAAGACCCGAAGCAUCAAGUUCUGUUAAAUUAUUAGGCCAAUUAUUAAACUUUAAUAGUUUUAUUAUAAUAAUUUUUUAUACAUUAGCAUUAUUUUUAUUUUUUUAAAUAGUUUAAUUAUAAAAUAAAAAAGAAAAAAAA